CAGGUGCUAGGGGGCUGGCUCAGCGGUGGUAGAGGUGCCUAACUGGCCCUCACCAUAAACAUGCCAAACUGAAAGACCCCUUAGCUAGGAGGUACACUGCUGUAAUCCCAGCACUCUGGGAGAUGAGGCAGACGAACUGUAAGCGGAAGCCCAGUCUGGACAACGUAAGGAUUUAGCAAGACUUGUGUCAAAAAAGUGAAAAUAAAAAGGACUGGGAUUGUGGGGAGCAGCUGAAGCUCAAGUGUGUGGGGCUGAAGCUAGGCCAGCUCCGAGAACACCCAGGGCCAGGCAAAAGACUGCUAGGAAAGGGGCUGAAAUCGGCAUCAUCUCCUGAGUCUAAACAAAGGUGCUGAGGUUCCUUCCUGGCCAGCAGGAGCGAGGGCUCCACCUGCGUCUGCUUUCUGCUUUUCCUGUGUUUUCCUAUCUUGCCGCACCCCACCCCCAACACCUAGGACUGCAGCACGGUUGGCUCCUGGACAUGGAUGGACUAAGAAAAUAGUGGGGGCGCUUCAGCGAGCAGAAAGGGGGAGAAGUGCACUGGGGUCGGUCAGCAUCUGUCACAGGAGUGUCUGGACUGAACCACCUUCAAAGCUUCAUGUGCAGAACACGAACUAACCAUGGCCGGUUUACUUGCUGUCGAAUCCCGGCAGGCGGCUAUAGCCCUGGCCUACCUCAGCAGCUCCUGCCCUGCAGCUGGCUGUGGCCACCUUCCUGCUCCUCCUGCCAGCCCAGGUGACUUUUUAAAAAAAACUUUGAAUUUCUGAAGUCUACCCAGUGUGCAAGAAUAGAUUUACUUUUCCAGAAGAGAAAAUCGGUUCUGACAACACAGCCACGAUGUCCAGGGUCCGACCCAAGCUGGCGAGACCAGCAGAGGGACAGGAAGAAGUCCACAGGAGGGGUGGGAAGGUGUCCACAGAGACCGACAGGGCGGCUGCCCCGGUCCUGGACCCCGAAUACGAGGACUCUUCAGUAGGAGACAGGAACGAGCUCAAGUUCCUAAAGGAGCGGCAGGACCUGGAGUUGGAAGAGGUGAUGCAAACCCUCACCUGUCACAUAAGGAAGCUUUGGGAAGCAAAAGUGACCACACCUGAAGUGAGGCCUUCAAAGAGCUCCAGCAGAAAGGAGAGAUGGGCGGUAAAAGAUCCAGCCUCAACCAAGCCGCAGCUGGUGGGAAAGAUGGAAGAUUCAAAAAUAGAAGACACGGAAAGCUUGACCUCUGAAAGAAAACCAGCUGAACUGAGAAGAAAAUCAGAUGAAGCUAAAGCUCGCGAUGCGGACCAAGGGACAAAAUCACCUGCAAAAGUCGGAGUCAGGAAAGGCCUGGCAGCAGCCCCACGCAGUCAGGAAGGGCAGAGAAACCGCAAGGUCCUGGGAGAAGUUCUGGACCGAGUGAGAGAAGUGGGGGCGAGGAGGAGCCUCGAGCACCUAAAGGACGCAGAGAAGCCUGGAACAGAAGGAAGACUGCGGGGGGCCGCAGGCGCCUCUCUGACGCUGGCCGCUGACCUGUCCUGGGCAGCCCUGGAGGUCGGCCCGCAGUGGGGUCGCGUCUUCAGCAUUUUGAAAGAAAAUGGCUUUGACCCUAAGUUUCUGUGCAGGCUUGAACUGGCAUUUCGAUGUGAUGGUGAAACACAGACUUUUUCAGACCUGCGGAGUCUCAGAAAGUUCAGCAGCCAAAAGGCUUUCCUGAAAGAUGUGCUGGAAGAGGUUUUCGAACAGAAUGCAAACUCCUGCCGAGGAGGAAGCCCACAUGGCAGGCAAAAAAAGAGGGACAGCCCCCCAACAACCUUGGAGUGUGGAGCUGGAGAUCCAGCGGGUGAUGGCUUGAACUUCCUGUUCGUUAAAGAGGUGAAGGUGGCUAAGGCUGCGGAGAAAAGCCCAGCGUCUGCAGCGUGGAAGGGAGAGGAAAGCUCCCAGGCACCGUCUGGCUCAAGGGGAAACCUGGAUGCGCUGUCAGGAGUCACCAAGUUUGCUGGGAAGGAGAGGAACAGGACCCUGCAGGUAGAAGAGCUGACCCCCGAAGAAGCUGCGUUAAUCCAGGAAACAGAAGAGAACUUCAGAAGACGAGUGGUCAGCAUCUUGAGGGAGCUACGAGAGGAGGUGGACAACAUGGGGCACCGCCAGGCCGUCACUGCGGCCACAGCAGGGAGAUGCUCGCUGGACAGCCUGCGCAGCAGGGUGGGCCAGCUCGAGAGCAGAGUGAGCCAGCUGGACGACCAAGUGGAGGAAGUGGCCAGGGCUGCGGUGCAGAUGUCCAGGCAGCUGGUGAACAACGACAAGCUGCGAGUCCGGGAGGACAGGUUCAGGAGCACCAACAUGCGUGUGAUCGGGGUCCCAGAAAAGGACACACGGGAGAAUGGAGCGGAGGACAUCGUCGGCGAAAUCAUGGAGGAGAACUUCCCGGACUUGAGUAUCGCUGUGGUCAGUGCUCAGCGAGUCCCCGACAGGGUGGACGAGAGAAAGCUCACCCCUCGACACAUCCUGGUGACGUUCUGGAGCCCUGGCGAGCGGGAGAGAGUGUUGAAGGCCUCACGGGAUCGCGAAGUCACCUACAGGGGCAGGAGCGUCCGGCUGACGGCAGACUUCUCGCUGAGCACGCUGGAUGCCCGGAGCCAGUGGCGCGACAUCAUAAAAGUCCUGCAGGACAGCGGCUUCCACCCCCGCAUCCGCUACCCGGCCAAGCUCACCAUUGACUUGGAGGGGAAAACAAGAACCUUUUUCGAUGUCAACGAAUUCAGGAGAUUCGUUUCCCGUUUGCCCUCUCUGAAAGAGUUGCUGGAGAAUGUUCUUUAGGAGGGAGCAAGUGCCACCGCAUAACUCAGGAAGUGGGCAGCCUGAGCGUCUCACCCCCACCCUCCGGGGUCGCCACCAACAGCUCUGCCGAGGCAGGGAAGGACACUGGAAAGUUGGGUUUUUAAAAAUUUAAUGAUGACUAUCACAGCUGGCAUAGGAUGCUUGUUGAGUUUCUUUGUUGAUGGAGAAUGAACACAGGGUUUUUGCUCUGAGCUACUUCUCAGGUCCUUUUUUAAAUUUUUGGGACAGCUCACUAAGCUGCUCAGGCUGUUAACUUGUGACCCUCCUGCCUCAGCCUCCUGAGUAACUGGGAUAGCAACCUAAGAGAAGGGUGUGUUUAUAAUAAAGAUUUUUCACUUGAGUAGGCUUCAUGUGCUU